AUGGCUGGGGGUUGCUACAGUGCGCUGGGGGGUUUCCAAGGGACUACCCUCACGCCGCAGGGGUUAGACGUGGUUGUACCCUCCGCGCUGCAGGGCAACAGCAUCUUUGCCCGGCCCACCACGGCCAUGAACAUGCUUGUGCAUGUGAACCGAUUCUACAUCGAGUAUCGGCCAAAUGGGGAGGUGAAGCAGUUUUUCUCAGACCUGUCAGUAACUGACUUCUAUGGACGAGAGCUGCAGAGGAAGACCAUCAGUGUGAACGACCCCCUGCGCUGCCAGGGAGUCACCAUGUACCAGACCGACUGGGCGAUCUCAGCCGUCCAGCUGCGAUCCGACGGUGGAGAUCCCUUCAAGCUGCCCAUGGCGUCGCUGCAGGAGCCGGGCAGCAGCCAGAAACUUUUCGGAACGUUCUUGCCGACGGGGGAGGAGGAGAAUGCAGAGGGAGGAGAGGCAACCACCACGGGCAUAAGCAUUCUGGCCAGAGAUCUUCAGAACGUUGUCAUAUACGACUCCAAGGGCGAGUUCGUGGGAGUGAGGCGGCCGGGGUCGAACCGACCAAUCACAGUGGAGGGGAAGAAGCUGGUGAUCGAUGAGCUGAUUGGCAGCACGGGGCUGGAAUUGAAGAUGGACCCUGGCGUGCCGUACGUGUAUGCUGGCUUCGGUGCUCUCAUGCUCACCACUGCUAUUAGCUACCUCUCGCAUUCCCAGGUGUGGGCAUUGCAAGUGGGAUCAACGCUGUAUGUUGGAGGGAAGUCGAAUCGAGCAAAGCUCACUUUCGAGCAAGAGAUUAACUCCGUUCUUGACCAAGUGCCCGAAGUGGUAACUGCAUCCGACGCUCUUGUAACAGCUGCACCAGCAUCAUCAGAUCGCCCUAGUGAAGAGUAG